AUGGAAGGAGAUAGUACAGCCGUGAUAGUUUCAAAUUCAAGCGAUCAAAUAGAAAUUGAACGAGUUCCGAUUGUAGAAAGUCGGGUCUGUCCAUUAUGUUCAUCUGAAAUAAAAUUGUUUUUUAUCAAUUUCAAUGAGAAAUUAUUGAUGUGCGAGAACACAGAAUGUGAAUUUCCAUUUGGCUAUCAACAUCUACAGUUUGUCCAAGUCAACACUGAUAAUGAAAUGAGAUCAAUAAGGGUAUGUCACAACUUCUCAUCACCCUCAACAGUCUCAGCUGUUAGUAUGUCCGAUGUAGACAGGCUGUACAGAGCGUGUGAUACUGAAGAUAAUAUGUCAGACAAUUCAUCAGUAAUUUGUACUAGUAUUCCUUCAACCUCAACAAAACAAACAGACACUCUAAAAGAUAUGGCUCCAUUGAAAAAUAUACACUCUGAACUUGUUAGAAUCAAAAGUCAGAUGAAAAUCAAAAGUUUGACUGAUAAAAAUUUGAUUAGAAAUCUAUACAAACUCCAAGAUGGAUCAGGCAUUCAGCUCUUGAAACCUGAAGAACUUGUUACAUUAAAGAUGAGUGAAGUUUCUUCACGGCCAGAAGUCAAAAUUGAUAUAGACAAGGAUGAGAAUGAUAUUUCUGUUAUUAAGAUUGCACUUGCAAGAACAGAGAUCCCUCAGGAUGGCAAAUAG